GACCCAAAUCAUCAAAAGCAUGGAACUGUUAAAGUAGAAAGUAAGAAACACAACCCAUGAGGCAUGAGCUAUCAUCCAUUCCAUUUUUCCUUUUUCGGGUCUCGUGGUGUUCUCAACUUUUCAAAUUAAAGAGGGACUAUUUACUAAACUCAUUAUUCCUCCCUGCAACUCUGUUCUCACUGGUUCCCUCGAUGGUCAACACUUGAGCUUCUGUUCAAUCAUUUUUGAGCUGAGACAAAGCAUUAGAUAAGACAUGGGAUUUCUGAGGUUUCUCAUAUGACCAAUGUUUGGUGAGUUUUCUGUUUUUGCCGUUUACUAGUUAGUGACUUGUGUCCAGAGAGAGAGAGAGAGAAGGGUCAUUUUCUGUGUGCUGAUCUGUGGUUAACUUUGAUGAGGUCUGGUAUAGAACUUGUCGGUUAUACUUUUGAAAAUGCUCCAACUACUUUUGUCGUGGAAAAAACUUAAAUAGAAAUUACGUACUUCUGCAUAACUUCCUGUCAUUUUUGCUUGGGUUUCAUUUCAAAUCCUUUUUCCCAUUUGAGAAAAAUGUCAAAUUUUCAAUACAUUGAUUGAACAUUCCUCAUGUUCCAUGCAAUUUGUGUGAAACUGCAGUGGUGCCGGUUCUUUUGGGGGAAUUAGAUCAGCUUCAAAAGUUGCACUUGCAGCUUUUCAUUUUGCUUAUUUUUCAUAUUUUAUGAGAGGGGAAAGGACUGCAUGAUUCAAGGGAAGAACUGAAAUUUCAAAGAGAGAGGGGCAAAGUUUGCAUCUGCAUACAUAUUUCUUCUCUUGACUUGCCAAUACAACCAAUUGGUUGUUACAUUGAAAAACUAAGACUCGUCUCUCCACUGCAUCAUUUUCCCUGUGAUGCUAUCUAAUGUUCCAUAUUAGCUUGUGAAUCCUUGUCACUUGCUAGAUAUGGGGGAUGUUAAGCUUACCCGGGUGGAGCAAGGUCAAACAAAGAUUAAAAAUGUUCCAAUUGCUGUCACCCCUGAAGGAUUUUGGUGUUGCCCUUCUCCUGUUGUGUUUCAGAAAAGCCUUAAGGCUCAAAAUCCUCUGAAUAAGCCCAAACCCUCUUCACCACCACCAAGGACUAGUUCCCAGAAAAAGCCAGUUUCAGUGAGUGAGAGAAAAUCAGUGAUUGCCCCAUCAAGAUUGGUGCUUUCAGAUGAAUGUAAUGAUCCAGAAAGACCUCCAGCUAGCACAUCUGUGCCUACACAGAGAGCACCCAGAGCCAAAAUUGAAUCUUUGCCCAAAAAGGUUGCUAUUGAGUUUGGUGAACCUGGAACUUGUGAUGUGAAGGUGCUUCUUCUGGGAAAGCAGGGAUUUUGUGUGAAGUUAAGUGUGCACAGAGAUGUUUUAACAGAGAAGAGUAGUUUCUUUGCUGAUAAACUUUGUGAACAAUCUGGUUUGUCAUGUCUCCAAAUUGAUGAUUGUGAGGAUGUUGAAAUAUAUGUUGAAACUGUUGGGCUUAUGUACUGCAAAGAAAUGAAACAGCGGCUGAUGAAGCAAAGUGUUUCUCGGAUUCUUCGGAUACUCAAGGUUGCAGAAUUCCUUGGCUUCAAUUCAUGUAUCCAAUCAUGUCUGGAGUACCUGGAGGCAGUCCCUUGGAAUGGAGAAGAAGAAGAAAAGGUGAUCUCAACUGUACUACAACUCCAAGGAGAAGGAAUUGGGGUCAAUCCAGUGCUAAAACGAGUUUCUUCUGAUAUUUCUAAUGCCCCAAAAGAUACUCUCUCCCACAUUGUUGAACUUGUUCUCAAAAGCAACGAGGAGAAAGGUCGCCGAGAGAUGAAAUCAGUUGUUCUAAAGCUCCUUAGGGAGAAUAACAGUCUUCCAAACACUGCAGGUUCAGCUGACAUCUGUAAUGACACAAUUUACAGAUCAUGCCGUAGCUGCUUGGAUUCUUUAUUGUCUUUGUUCGACCAGGCUGCAGAACCAGACUUUGCAAACUCACCUAGUGAUAACAGAGAACCUAUAGUAAAACGCAUAGCUCUUGAAGCUGACAACUUGUCAUGGUUGCUUGAGAUUUUAGUUGACAAACAAGCUGCCGAUGAGUUUGCGCUGAUGUGGGCAAACCAACAGGAAUUGGCUGCCCUACACGGAAAGCUUCCUAUUGUAUUCCGCUAUCAUGUUAGCUGCAUUUCAGGAAGACUAUAUGUUGGCAUUGGAAGAGGUGAGUUGUUGCCAUCGAAAAACACGCGCCAGUUGCUGUUGAACACAUGGCUGCAACCUCUAAUCAAUGACUACAACUGGUUACAGCACGGGUGCAGGUCAUUUGAUAGGAAACUUGUUGAGGAAGGAAUUGGAAGGACAAUUCUCACUUUGCCUUUGGAGGAUCAACAGAGUAUUUUGCUUUCUUGGGUUGGAAGUUUCUUGAAAACUGGCGAUGGCUGUCCCAAUCUUCAAAGAGCUUUUGAGGUGUGGUGGAGGAGAACUUUCGUUAGACCAUAUGUGGAAGGCCAAGGUAAUAAUGCCAAGCCAGAUAGUUGAACGUUGUCAAAGUUGCAUAUGAUGUGUUCAUAAAUAUAUCUUAAAAUGGUUUUGGAUUGGAGUUUCUCUCUUGAGUUAGUUGACUACUCUAAGAAAUUAUAAAUUAUAUGUUUAUUUGCGAAUAUGGUUUACUUCAGCUGCUAACUAGUUUUGAGACCUGUAUAUAUAUGGCCAUUUCAUGGGGGUGCUGAGGAAAAUUGACACCAUGCAUACAAAUCACUCAUUGAAUUGUAAGUAAUUGCUUAAUAUAUAAGCUUUUCGGAGGGCUUGAAUGGAAAUCAGUUCUUUCGUUAUAAAGAAGUGGUUUAAUGAUAUCUUUAUUGAAUUAAAGUGAACUAUUCAUGGCCCACAUCGAAAUAUUUGAAGAGACAAAUAUAUUAUAAGUUGGAGAAUUUAU